AUGCUUCGAGUUACAAUCGUUUGUUUAAUUGCUCUAGCUUUGCAGAUAUCUGCAUUGCCUGAAUUUAUUGAAAAUCUUGAUCGCGAUUUAGCAUCCCUACCGGAAAAAUAUAAACAUUUGGCCCACGAAAUUAAUACAAAACGCGCCGCUAAUCCGGAUAAAGAUACCCAUGGAUAUUGUUGUACCAAUUGGCAACAUAUUAACAAGGACGAAGUAUUCUCUAAACUAGAAACUUCAUUAGUACCAGAAACACAUACCGUUGUAGUUGGUUAUCAGGAUUGCCAUGGAAAUAAGAAUCCAACUCGUCCACCAAUUCCGAUUCCAACUGCAACAGAUCGUCCGAUUAACACAGGAGGUCAAGUAACACCUUCAACCGGUGGCGGUUCAGCUUCGACAGCAUCCGGAUGUAUGUGGAAACCAAUUUAUAACACCGAAACAUUCAUGGUAACUCAACAUACAGUUGUAACAUAUCUCGUACCAAAUUCCCAAACAUCCUGUGCUCCUGAAGAUUAUAAAUGCUGUCCAAAUUAUGUUUUACUUAACAAUAAUUGUGUUGACCAAUCAGUUGUGGCUAAUCUUGAAUUUCUUAUGGGACUUGGUUUGAUUGGUAAUAUUGGAAAGAAAUAA